AUGGAGCAGGAAGGGGCAAGAGAAGAAGAAGAGAGGAAAGAAGGCUUGAUUGAGUUUUACGAUUCCUUCAGGGAGAUGUUUGAGUUCUUCUGCAAGAACACCACCAUCCACGGCACCAUCCGCCUGGUCUGCUCAGACAGCAACAGGAUGAAAACAGCUUUUUGGACUCUGCUCUUACUCGCCAGCUUUGGCAUGUUGUACUGGCAGUUUGCACUGAUGUUCAGCCAGUACUGGGCCUACCCUGUCGUCCUGACCAUGUCCAUGCAUUCAGAGCCCAAGAUGUUUCCAGCCAUCACCAUCUGCAACCUGGACCCCUACAGGUUUGAAGUGGUCAGUGAGCAUCUGGUUCAGCUGGAUCGUAUGGCAGCCAAAUCAAUUGCUUUUCUGUAUGGCAUCAACACCUCAGCCAGCUUCUUCCACGUGGAUGAGAAAAACUUCCACAUCAAGGACUUGUCGAGCCUAGGCAACGUCAGCAGAUCUACCUUCAAGCUGAGCCAGAACUUCUCACUCUUAAGAAUGCCUGACCACAGUAAGAGGUCAGGGAAGAGGCAUUCCAGCGUGGGCUUCAGGCUGUGCAAUGCCACGGGUGGGAGCUGCUUCUACAAGACCUAUUCCUCUGGGAUGGAUGCCAUCCUGGAGUGGUACAGGUUUCACUACAUGAACAUCAUGUCCCAGCUACCAGUGAUAAUCAACAUUUCUGACCACGAGGAGCAAAUAGAAGACAUGGUCUACUCCUGCCAGUACGAUGGGGAGCCCUGUAGACCCAGUGACUAUGUCCACUUCCACCACCCAGUCUUUGGAAGCUGCUACACCUUUAACAGCCAGGGCACAGACUCCUUUUGGACAGCCACAAAACCAGGGAUUCCUUACGGACUUUCCCUCAUCCUGAGAGCAGAGCAGAAGGAUCACAUCCCACUCUUGUCCACAGUGGCAGGUGUGAAGGUGAUGAUACACAACCACAACCAGACCCCCUUCCUGGAGCACGAAGGCUUCGACAUCAGACCGGGCAUUGCAACCACCAUUGGCAUCCAGCAGGACGAGGUGAAUCGCCUGGGUGGCAAUUAUGGCAAGUGCACCACUGAUGGCAGUGAUGUGGAUGUUAAACUCCUGUACAACAACUCCUACACCCUGCAGGCUUGUUUGGAUUUCUGCUUUUCACACUUUGGCUGUGGCUACUACUACUACCCACUGCCUCCUGGGGCUGAAUACUGUGACUACAACAAGCAGCCUGCCUGGGGUCACUGCUUUUACCAGCUCUACAACAGGCUCAGAAAUCAUCACCUCAAUUGUUUUGACCAGUGCCCCAAGCCCUGCAGGGAAUCACUGUACAAGGUGUCUGCUGGGACAGCUAAGUGGCCAUCAGUGAAAUCUCAGGACUGGAUCCGCCAGGCUCUGAGGCAUCAGAAUGGAUAUAACUCCACCAGCAACAGGAAGGAUAUUGCCAAGGUGACCAUCUUCUACCAGCAGCUGAACUACCAGUCUGUGAACGAGUCUCCUUUGCUCUCAGAGAACCUGCUUCUGUCCAGCAUGGGAAGCCAGUGGAGCCUCUGGUUUGGAUCCUCGGUGUUGUCUGUGGUGGAAAUGUUUGAGCUGCUCAUAGAUACACUUGUCUUGUCUCUCCUCUUCUGCUACCAAAGGUUCAGGGCAAAGAAGACAUUGAAGGUAGCUCACACUCCUACCAUCUCGAGUGUCAGCUUGACCCUAGAAAACUACCGAGUUGUGCAAGAGGCAGCUGGGGAGGGGGAUGGCUCCACCCCUCCUCCCCCUUCUGGAGUGGCUGUUGCCAUGGACAAUAACAGUGACCUGCAUCCUCACCCACUCUCCAGCAAGGUGGGAAGGCCAGAGCUUUGCCCAGAGGUGGUGCUCAAUGGCUUUAGACACACACAGGACAGCUCUUUGGGUGGGCACCCCAACAGCUGA